UUCAGCGCGUCUCCAUAGAAACGGAAGUAUAUCGCUGACCCGGAAGCGGAAGUGACUGCGCAACACGAAGCGGCAACGUGAGGAAGAAAGAGAGAGUGAACUGCCAACAUGAGUCUCCUAAACAAGCCGAAGAGUGAGAUGACCCCGGAGGAGCUGCAGAAACGUGAGGAGGAGGAGUUUAACACAGGGCCCCUCUCUGUGCUCACCCAGUCUGUAAAGAACAACACACAGGUCCUUAUCAACUGCCGCAACAAUAAGAAGCUGCUGGGAAGGGUGAAGGCUUUUGACAGACACUGUAACAUGGUCCUGGAGAAUGUGAAGGAGAUGUGGACGGAGGUUCCGAAGAGCGGGAAGGGGAAGAAGAAAUCCAAACCCGUCAACAAGGACCGCUAUAUCUCCAAGAUGUUCCUGCGGGGGGACAGCGUCAUCGUCGUCCUCAGGAAUCCAUUGCUGGCUGGGAAGUGAGGACUCUUCCGGGACUCUCUUCUACACAUGGAGAGCCAGCAUGGAUGGGGGAGGGGAGGGGUUUAUGUGUUUCGGGUCCCCCCCGGGGCUGACACCUCGGGGAGGGCUCAGGUGUUUUCUAAUAAAGCGAAGUUGUCGUAUUCCUGUGG